AUGUCCUCGCUAAAUAUAGACGACGACCAGAGAUGGGUUCCUACACACGUCCAGGUCACCGUUCUGCGGGGCAGGGGCUUGCGUGCGAAGGGCAAACACGGCACCAGCGACGUCUACACCAUUAUCCAGGUGGGCAAGGAGAAAUACUCGACUUGUGUUGUGGAAAAGACCACUGCUCCCGAAUGGAAGGAGGAAUGUUCCUUCGAGUUGUUACCGGGUGUUCUGGAGCAGGUUGGGGACGGGGGCGCCUACCCCGCCGGGAGCAGCGACUUGGUCCUGACGGUGAUGCACCGGGCGCUCAUGGGACUGGACGUGUUUCUGGGCCAAGCCGUCAUCCCACUGGAUAAGGUGUUUCAGGACAGAAUAUGCAUGAAAAACGAGUAGGUUUCAUUUUUUGGGGGGGUUUUGUAGUCUUUUGCCCUAUAUUAAUUUGAUUUCAGCGCUUCAGGGAGAGAAGGUAACGUCGGCCGUGUCCUGCUUGGUGGUCUGUUCUAGAAAGAGCAUUGCUUUGUUCCAAAGAGAGGGCUUCUAACUCGAAAGCGUUACCUUCUACAACACAUAGCCAACUUCACCUUUCUUUAUCGUUUUUUUUUUUUUUUUUUUAGAGGGAUUCUUCUAAAGUUCACUUCUAUAAACACAGCAACUGUCAGAUCAUGCUGCAGCUGUAACCCAGGGCCUCUGCACUACCAGACACGCCCUCUACAUGCAGCCAGACAUCACAACUAGUUUGUCAGAUGGACUCUGAAGAGGGGAGUUUUUUUUCUAUAGCAUGUACUGGGUUAUGAUGAGGGAACCGACGUGUUCUUUUAAUCCUUAAAAUAUUGUCCUGAUUCUUCGCUACUGGAUAGCCAUUCUAGACGGCCGUGUUAUUCCUUUUCAGGCUGUGGAAGGCUACAGGAGGUUAACCUACAGAGCUGGGCUGUGAUCAGGGAGGUUAACCUACAGAGCUGGGCUGUGAUCAGGGAGGUUAACCUACAGAGCUGGGCUGUGAUGAGGGAGGUUAACCUACAGAGCUGGGCUGUGAUCAGGGAGGUUAACCUACAGAGCUGGGCUGUGAUGAGGGAGGUUAACCUACAGAGCUGGGCUGUGAUGAGGGAGGUUAACCUACAGAGCUGGGCUGUGAUCAGGGAGGUUAACCUACAGAGCUGGGCUGUGAUCAGGGAGGUUAACCUACAGAGCUGGGCUGUGAUGAGGGAGGUUAACCGACAGAGCUGGGCUGUGAUGAGGGAGGUUAACCUACAGAGCUGGGCUGUGAUCAGGGAGGUUAACCUACAGAGCUGGGCUGUGAUGAGGGAGGUUAACCUACAUAGCUGGGCUGUGAUGAGGGAGGUUAACCUGCUGGGCUGUGAUCAGGGAGGUUAA